CCCCUCCCCCGGGCUUCUAAAGCAUGAGCAGGAAUGGAAGCCUGGACCUCUUCUACACAUCAAGCUGUGAUUCGCCAUGGGCAUGAGCUUGUCCCGAGGAGACAAGGAGACGUUCCUAAGCUAGUAAACGACGUCUCUCGCUCGGCAGCUUGGAUAUACAUCAAGAGAAAAAAAAAAUGUGCGGGAACACGGUUCGAUGUUUUACCCCGAAUUGCAGCUCUGUACCGGCCUACGAGAGAAUGGUUGGACUACUCUGAGCCUGCUCCCAUUCCCCAGCUAGUUUGCUUGAGGAAGGGAUCCACAUGGUCUCUCUGGGCGGAUCCUGAAUGGAUGUGCUUCCCCAAAACUGUCCCCAGUCUGCGGAUUUCUCACGCGAUAUCCAAGUCGCCAAGACGGUCUCUCGGCCUCACCCAUGGGUCUCUCGCGUAUUCUCGAACGUCCAUGUUCUUCUUCCACCCACUCACAGGUUGGAUCCCAAAAUUGGCCCUUUGAUAUGGAAGAGCCACAACCACGCACCAUUACUACGUGGAAAGGCUGUCAUACCAGUCAUACUCCUCUUGAUCUUCAUAUCAGAAUCAAAUGAGAAACACAGAAUAAAAACAUGCCAUAACGGACAGAUGCUAUGUGACGAUCUCAGCUUUGUAUACUUCAUUAUCGCGUAACCCGUCAGUGCGAAUAAGCAAACAAGAGCUUGCCUCCCCUCCCGUCAACGCCAGCAUGCUCAAUCUCAAAUACCAGGACGAGGUUUGACUAGACACCUAGAGAUACGAAAAGGAUCUGAUCGAAAAGAUCGUUGUCAUCGUGGCACUACAUUUCAACGCCACUUCCCAUGCAGCCCUUUGCUAACGCCGUUUGUCCGGUUACGCACCGAGACACUAUGCAAAAGCAAUCUCUCAUCAGCACGCCUGCUAAAUGGCAACAACAGAUAAUGGGUAACAGAACAAGCAAAGUAUAAACUAUCCGUCAUCGUAAAAGCGAAUAACGGAUAAAACUCACUUCGCCUGCGCCUGCGCCUGCCUC